AUGUAUAACGAGUAUGGUAAUCGUACCAUUCCUAUGAAUGAGUAUAUGUUUUUGUCUUUGGGAGUCUGUUUUCCUUUUACCGCUUUCGGAGUUUAUGUUCUUAACUAUUUGAUGGUGGUUCCAUCUCAACUUCAUCCCACCAGUUGGACGUACGUUAAAGCUUAUCAGCGCUGGUGUGAGUAUCUGAAGGGAAAACCCAACAUUGUCAUGUUUUUUCAUCUCUUUCACUAUGAUCGAAGCACUUUGUCUCGGCCAAGAGGGCAGGAUUUAGUUACUUUGGUGCCAACAAUAUGGAUUUUUAAAGCUUUUCAUGAACCACUUUCAUUCAUGGACGGUCCUGAUGAAAAUCUUCCUCCUCUUUCGGGCUCACAUGUGAAUCAUGAAUCUCUACCUAUCCCUUCUUAUGAUUGUCGCGAUUCUCUCUUUGACGAUGUAUGGGAAUUUUUUGUCGGUCUCUCUGAGAAGUCCUCACAGGAAGAGUUGUAUGUUUUGGAUCGUUCUGCUAAGCAGAAUUCCAUUGCUUUGUCCUUGGCUAGAUUUGAAUGUUGGAAAGCUCUUUGGUUUGACCAGGCGUGUGAGGAAAGGGUCUGGGUGGAGAGGAGUGUGAACAUUUUGGCAUCCCAGUGGGAUACUUAUUUAAGGGAAUUGCAUAAAUAUCAUAAUUCUCUACAGGAGGUACGUAAAACUUUGGCUUCAUUCAACUUUGUUGGCAUUGUUGGUAGUUAG